CUUGCGACUCCGCUUCAGCUACAAGAUUUAAACGCAACGAAGGAAAUCCGGACUUGUGACUUGCACCCUACAGCUACCAGCCUUUGAAAGCAUUGCCAUGGCUGACUUGAAUUUUAGUGAAGAGGAUAUCAAGAGACAACUAGAGUUACUUGGCUAUCGUGAUGUACCCAGGCAUCGACUUGCUCAGUUUGCAAGAGAUCUUGAGAGGUUGAUUGAUGAAGACAGGCUACCGAUGCAAUCAGAUGAUUCCCUUUACUCAAAUAUGAGUGAUCAUCAAAGUUCAUCAAGGAUCAGAUCACCUGAUACAUCAACUGAUGUGUCACAUGAUAGAUCAGCUGUUCGAUCACCAUUCAAUGAUGUACCAAGACGGUCAAACAACAGACAAGUUCAAUUCACUGAAAGCCCUGUAUUGAAACAGUCCAGACAAGAUCAGGAGAAUCAACCAGUCCCUACAACUUCAUCAGGAAAUCAACGGUCAGGUCAAGUCAGGUCACCAGGGGUCAUUGACUCCAAGGUUUAUGACCCCUAUGAGAGAAGAGAAGCCAGAUCAACGGGUGCUGCUGCCAAGAAGGUGCCUAUGAAGAGGAAAGUUGUCAGGAAACGAGCAGGCCAGUCUCAAGUUUUUGAUGAAUCAGUGACAGAAAGUGAAUCAGAUAUGUCAUACCUGAAUGAGAGACUUCAAGAUCUUCCUCUAAAUGAUGAUGAGACAGAGUCUGAGACUUCUAGCUCGGGGUUUGAUAGCUACAGGAGACAUGUGGGCAGACCUCAUUCUUCACAAGGAUUGUACUCUCACAGACCAGCUGGCAAUGAGGAGAGUGUAUAUAAACCUAAUCAACCUAGGUCAUUUAUCAGACCCUCAAGUGCCAAACCAACAUGGAAACACAACAAAAAGACAGACCCUGUAACAAGGCAUCAGAUGUAUCGUGAUCAGUGGAAUUCUCAGAAGGCACCGGGAGAGAAGAAUCACAAAGGGCUCAGAUGGAGUGUAAGGGAACUCAUGAUGUACAAAGAUGAGGUCGUUCAGCCCAAGUCUACACCAAGAGUCUAUGUCCCCAACAGCUACGUGGUUCCUUCAGACAAGAAAAGACAAGCGCUCCGAUGGGCGGUGAGAACACAGCUAGCCCAUAGAGAGAUGCCUUCAACCUCAUUUGAUUUCUAAUGGUGUACCGGUAAUUCCUCUAAACCUGAUUUUCAUUUUGUGAUCCAAGUAAUAGCAGUUACAUGUUCAUAGUUAUCAGUAAUGUUGAUGGACAAACACUGAAUGGCAGUGAGAACACAACUACUCCAUAGAGAGAUGCCGUAAAAUUUAUUUAGUAUUUUUUUCUUGUCAUUUUAAAUUCCUUGAAUCUGAUGCUGCUGUUCUUAUACAUGUAGUAGCAGUUCCUAUAAGAGUAUAGAUUAUGUGGUGAGAAUAUGGCUGGCCAUAGAAAAAUGCCUCAUUAGAAUUUUUAGCAUUUACUGUCCUUUAAAUCUGAUGCUUUAAAAAUAUGGACAAUAUUGUUGAUAACUAUUAAAGUGUACCAAUCACCCCAAAAAGAAAAUAGUGUACAGCUACAUUGUACAAAUUCAUCCAGAAUUCUGUGGGCCAACAAAUAAUGUUGUUUAUUUAAAAGUAAGUUUUAUAUUAUUUAUUUGAUUACAAUUCUUACAGUAAUGCAUCACAGCCAAAAUCUCUUUUUAAUGGGGAGUCAUGAAGCAUUAUUUACACUGGAUAGCAAAAGGAUGACAGGUGCAAUGCACAAUAGUAUUUUUGCUGUGAUUUUGCAAAUGGUAAAAUUUUAAUUACAUUAUACUCUGAGCAUUAUUUUAUCAAUACAAAUUAAUGAGAUUUACUUAAAAUAUAUUUGACAUCCUUAAACUUUA